CUCUAUUGCAGCCAUGACUAGGAAGAAAGUGAAACUAGCUUUUAUCUCGGACAACACAGCAAGAAAAACCACGUACAAGAAAAGGAAGAAAGGUAUCAUUAAGAAGGUGAGUGAACUCACCAUCCUAUGUGGGAUUCCAGCAUGUGCUAUAAUUUCGAGUUCUUUCGAAUCCAAGCCAGAGAUUUGGCCAGAUCCAGAGAGGGCGAAGCAAAUGAUUGAAAAGUAUUUGAAUGAAGCUGUGUUAGAUCAAAACAAGAAUAUCAACCAAGAGAGUUUCAUCAUGCAGAGGAUUGACAAAGCACGUGAUCGACUAAAGAAGCUGCGUCAAGAAAAUUGUGAGAAGGAAACGACCUUGUCCUUGUUCCAGUACAUGCAAGGUAAAGACCUACCAGAUAAUGUUGAAGAACUGAAAAAACUCGAUAAGCUCAUUGAGAAGAAUAAGAAGGGGAUUGAAAUUAAAUAACUAAAUAAGAUGGUUACACUCAAUUAAUUGUUAGUUUAAUUACUAAGUGUUUAGAGGCAUGACCUCUAC